GAUUUCUUUUUCGAUUUUCACCGUUCACGAGAGCGAAAAUAGCUUCCAUUUUAAUUUUUUUUGAGUGUUUUUAGUUAUCGUUUCUUUCUUUUGUUGCUUAACUUGCUUUUCUUGACGUACACGAUUUUACUGCAUCUAAGAUCUCGGCUCAGCUGUGAUUUACGUUCAUUGCCUUGGUUUAUCUGAAACAUGCCUGAAGUGCAGUCGAAGCCCAGUCAAUCGCCUAUUGUUUUCAAUGGAUUGAAGGAUGUUGAAUGGCGUAUCGGUGUGACCACAUCAUCCAGUGAAGCGGCGCAAGUCGGACAGACCUUCGUGCAAGUGAAGAUGAACGUGGAAACGGGAAUUCCAACAUCAUCUGGAUCCGCCGCAGAUUCCUCGGCAAAUUCCUCGCAAACCGUACAAGUGGAAAUGACCAUUCCUAAAUUCUACGCCUUCCUAAGCGAAAUGGAGAAGGUUAAGGCUAGUCUGGCCAUGUUUAAAUGAAAUACCACUCGAGUUUUUUAAUUCUUGUAAUCUUGUGAGAAUUAUUACUUUUGUGGUUUGUAUUUGUUCAUUGUGAUUUUAAAUGUAUUAAAUUAUGAAUUAUUACUAAAAAUUCAAAUUACUUCUAGCGGAAGUUAAUCCGCCUGCUUCUAAAUUUUAGCUGACAUUUCGUGAAUAUAAUUAAUUUUUUCGGACAAGUGACUACGAUUCUCAUUCCUGUAAUCAGUGUAAUGUGCUAUUUGCACUAGUGUAAUGUCUGUUGCAUUAAUUUGUGAGCUUCGAAGCGAACAACAAAGAUUAAA